UGUUUCAGUUUUUUGACGACCGUCGCGGUCCAAUGAAGUGAAAGGUUUUUUUUGGCAUAAAAUAAUUGUUAAGUGUUGUGAUUUAAUUAAGUCCGAAAAAAAUAUUGUGAGCUUCUUCAAGAAUAUUUUAGUAAAUAAGCAUUAAAGAAAGCUCUGAACUUUAAAAAAGUGUUCAUUUAUUUUCACGAUUUUAAUCUAAGGAAACUGUGGAACAAAAAUCAGUUGCAUCAUCGUGGAAGAAAAAGUGAAAAUUAAAAAGAUUCGCAAUCGUCAUUUUACUUCUUUUUGCUUUAAUGACAUGUCAUAAAGCAAAAUUGUGUUAAAAAAAGUUGGAUAAUAAAAUACCAAGCUAUAUACACAAUUGAUCCACUCAAAUCCCAACGUUCACAGGCAAUAUAACUUUGUGGCGAUGGUCAAGGCUGGAACUAUAAAAUUAUUUGUACUUUUUCUCUUCAUUCAGUCGAUUGCAGUAUGUGCCGAAUCACUAUUCGAUAUUGAUGAGUCGACAUAUGAUGUAGAUGAUACGAAUGCAUUGGUGCCGGUUGUGAGAACAAAGCAUCAAGCUGUUUCACACUCCGAAGGUUCAAAUAUUGAGCUGAUCGAUGUAAGAUGUGACGCUAAGUCAGGAAUGAUUGUAACUGUUGAGUUUGAAGCAGUAUUUUCUGGUAUCAUUUAUUCUCAAGGUUAUUACUCAGACCCUAAAUGCAGAUACGUGAAAUCAGGUGGAAAUGACCGCGUUUACACAUUUACUGUGCCUUACGAGGGAUGCGGAAGCAAAGCUUCAUGCUCUGUAUGCGCUUCUGUUGAUAACAUUUUAGUCAUUCAAUCAGAUGAAGGAAUUCAAGAAGUUUGGGAUACAGCAAGAAGAAUCACUUGUAGUCGUAGUGAAGUUGCUGAAAAGACUAUCUAUUUCAAACCAUUCGUUGUUGACAUGUUGGAAGUAGUAAAUGUCCCAACAUCAACCGGUGGUGUUGAGUGCUGGAUGGAUAUUCAAGUGGGAUCAUAUCCAAAGAUUGCACCAAUUCCAGGCCCAAUAAAGAUCGGAGAAACAUUGAGUGUUCUAGUUUAUUUGAAAGACGAUAGAAAUGAAUAUGAUAUAAUUGUGAGAGAUUGUUGGGCAUACGAUAAUGAAGAUUAUGGUGCAAAAACUACAGGACGCUUGCAACUAUCUGAUGGAAAUGGAUGUUCACGAAAGAAGAAAUUAUUUGGAGGAUGGACAAAAACUGCUCAAACUGGAAAUUCUGGUGCAACUUCUAUUGUAUACAAUACAUUAUAUGCAUUUAAAUUCCCAGAUAAGGCUCAGGUGUUCUUGAAAUGUGAUAUUGAGAUUUGCCGUUUCGGAUGUGAUAAGCCUAUUUGCGAUGAGAAAGAAGUUUCAAAACGUCCAAAGUUAACAACCACCACAACUACUACAUCACCAAGACCAAGACAAACAAUUUCUUCCACUCUAAGGUCCAGAGUUCGAGUGACCACAGAAUCAACUAUUACUGAUUCUCCUUUGAGUAAAGCAUCUACCACUCGCAAUAUACCAAUUCGAACACGACCAACAAGACCCAUUGUAGUUGAGGAUCAAAAAACUGAAAAAGCUACGACUCAACAAGUUACAACUGAAAGAACUGUUAGAGAAAGAAUCACUACUCCAGCUCAAAGAUUUACAGGAAGAACACGAGAACCAGCAAAAACUCAACCUCCAGUAACAGUCGUAUCAACAUUAGGUCCACUAAGAUGCUUCCAAGGAAGUGAUGAUCCAAGAUGUCAACGCACUGAAACCACUGCUCCAGAAAUUCAAGUGACAACAUCGAGGACAAGACAAAGAACUCGCCCACCGGUUACACGUGCAGAGGCAACUGUCACUAGAGGUAGAGGAAGACCAACGACUGAAGCUCCUGUAUAUCUCCCACCAGAUACCACAACAGAAUUCUCUUGUGAAAAUCCAAUUAAUCGAAAUGAUCCAAGAUGCAGAGCUGAAAUUGAAAAUACUACUAUAUUUUCAUGCGAACAAAAUCCUGAUCAUCCAAAAUGUUCGAGACCACAAACUACAAAAGUUAUUGAGACAACUCAAAGACAAAGAACAAGAGGACCAACAAGACCAUCGACAACUAGAAAUACUGAAACUGUAACACAAAGAACAAGACCGUCAAGAGGUAGAACGACUUUGCCUCCCACAUAUUUACCUCCAGUAACAGAGUUUUCUUGCUCAAAUCUUGAAAAUCGAAAUGAUCCAAGAUGUACUACAACAUCAGCUCCAACCACGACCCGCGAAUUCGAAACAACAGAAUUUGUAUGCAGAUCAGGUUCAAAUGAUCCUAGAUGUCCACCAGAUUGUUAUCCUGGAAAUAGAGAUCCAAGAUGUCCACAAUCAACAACUCAAAGACCAACAACAACUCGCAGAGUUGAAACAACUACUCAAUUCGUAUGUAGACCAGGUUCAAAUGAUCCUAGAUGUUCACCAGACUGUUAUCCUGGAAAUCGAGAUCCAAGAUGUCCACAACCAACAACUCAAAGACCAACAACAACUCGCAGAGUAGAAACAAGUACUCAAUUCGUAUGUAGACCAGGUUCGAAUGAUCCUAGAUGUCCACCAGAUUGCUAUCCUGGAAAUCGAGAUCCAAGAUGUCCACAAACAACAACUCAAAGACCAACAACUACUCGCAGAGUUGAAACAACUACUCAAUUCGUAUGUAGACCAGGUUCGAAUGAUCCUAGAUGUCCACCAGAUUGCUAUCCUGGAAAUCGAGAUCCAAGAUGUCCACAACCAACAACUCAAAGACCAACAACAACUCGCAGAGUUGAAACAACUACUCAAUUCGUAUGUAGACCAGGUUCAAAUGAUCCUAGAUGUCCACCAGACUGUUAUCCUGGAAAUCGAGAUCCAAGAUGUACACAAACAACAACUCAAAGACCAACAACAACUCACAGAGUUGAAACAACUACUCAAUUCGUAUGUAGACCAGGUUCAAAUGAUCCUAGAUGUCCACCAGAUUGUUAUCCUGGAAAUCGAGAUCCAAGAUGUCCACAACAAACAACACCUAAGCCUACUUUUAUUCCAACUACUCAACCAGCAACUUAUUUACCACCUAAUACUACGCCCAGAAUAGAAACAACCACUCGAUUUGAAUGUAGAUCAGGUUCGAAUGAUCCAAGAUGUCCACCAAACUGUAACUUGAAUCCAAAUGAUCCUCGUUGCCCAAGACCUACAACUCAAAGACCAACAACAACUCGCAGAGUUGAAACAACUACUCAAUUCGUAUGUAGACCAGGUUCGAAUGAUCCUAGAUGUCCACCAGAUUGUUAUCCUGGAAAUCGAGAUCCAAGAUGUCCACAACCAACAACUCAAAGACCAACAACAACUCGCAGAGUUGAAACAACUACUCAAUUCGUAUGUAGACCAGGUUCGAAUGAUCCUAGAUGUCCACCAGAUUGUUAUCCUGGAAAUAGAGAUCCAAGAUGUCCACAACCAACAACUCAAAGACCAACAACAACUCGCAGAGUUGAAACAACUACUCAAUUCGUAUGCAGACCCGGUUCGAAUGAUCCUAGAUGUCCACCAGAUUGCUAUCCUGGAAAUCGAGAUCCAAGAUGUCCACAACCAACAACUCAAAGACCAACAACAACUCGCAGAGUUGAAACAACUACUCAAUUCGUAUGUAGACCAGGUUCGAAUGAUCCUAGAUGUCCACCAGAUUGUUAUCCUGGAAAUAGAGAUCCAAGAUGUCCACAACCAACAACUCAAAGACCAACAACAACUCGCAGAGUUGAAACAACUACUCAAUUCGUAUGCAGACCCGGUUCGAAUGAUCCUAGAUGUCCACCAGAUUGCUAUCCUGGAAAUCGAGAUCCAAGAUGUCCACAACCAACAACUCAAAGACCAACAACAACUCGCAGAGUUGAAACAACUACUCAAUUCGUAUGUAGACCAGGUUCGAAUGAUCCUAGAUGUCCACCAGACUGUUAUCCUGGAAAUCGAGAUCCAAGAUGUCCACAAACAACAACUCAAAGACCAACAACAACUCGCAGAGUUGAAACAACUACUCAAUUCGUAUGUAGAUCAGGUUCAAAUGAUCCUAGAUGUCCACCAGAUUGUUAUCCUGGAAAUCGAGAUCCAAGAUGUCCACAACAAACAACACCUAAGCCUACUUUUAUUCCAACUACUCAGCCAGCAACUUAUUUACCACCAGAUACAACGCGCAGAAUAGAAACAACCACUCGAUUUGAAUGUAGAUCAGGUUCGAAUGAUCCAAGAUGUCCACCAAACUGUAACUUGAAUCCAAAUGAUCCUCGUUGCCCAAAACCUACAACUCAAAGACCAACAACAACUCGCAGAGUUGAAACAACUACUCAAUUCGUAUGUAGACCAGGUUCGAAUGAUCCUAGAUGUCCACCAGAUUGUUAUCCUGGAAAUAGAGAUCCAAGAUGUCCACAACCAACAACUCAAAGACCAACAACAACUCGCAGAGUUGAAACAACUACUCAAUUCGUAUGUAGACCAGGUUCAAAUGAUCCUAGAUGUCCACCAGAUUGUUAUCCUGGAAAUCGAGAUCCAAGAUGUCCACAACCAACAACUCAAAGACCAACAACAACUCGCAGAGUUGAAACAACUACUCAAUUCGUAUGUAGACCAGGUUCGAAUGAUCCUAGAUGUCCACCAGAUUGUUAUCCUGGAAAUCGAGAUCCAAGAUGUCCACAAACAACAACUCAAAGACCAACAACAACUCGCAGAGUUGAAACAACUACUCAAUUCGUAUGUAGACCAGGUUCAAAUGAUCCUAGAUGUCCACCAGAUUGUUAUCCUGGAAAUCGAAAUCCAAGAUGUCCACAACAAACAACACCUAAGCCUACUUUUAUUCCAACUACUCAACCAGCAACUUAUUUACCACCUAAUACUACGCCCAGAAUAGAAACAACCACUCGAUUUGAAUGUAGAUCAGGUUCGAAUGAUCCAAGAUGUCCACCAAACUGUAACUUGAAUCCAAAUGAUCCUCGUUGCCCAAAACCUACAACUCAAAGACCAACAACAACUCGCAGAGUUGAAACAACUACUCAAUUCGUAUGUAGACCAGGUUCAAAUGAUCCUAGAUGUCCAUCAGAUUGUUAUCCUGGAAAUAGAGAUCCAAGAUGUCCACAACCAACAACUCAAAGACCAACAACAACUCGCAGAGUUGAAACAACUACUCAAUUCGUAUGCAGACCCGGUUCGAAUGAUCCUAGAUGUCCACCAGAUUGUUAUCCUGGAAAUCGAGAUCCAAGAUGUCCACAAACAACAACUCAAAGACCAACAACAACUCGCAGAGUUGAAACAACUACUCAAUUCGUAUGUAGACCAGGUUCAAAUGAUCCUAGAUGUCCACCAGAUUGUUAUCCUGGAAAUCGAAAUCCAAGAUGUCCACAACAAACAACACCUAAGCCUACUUUUAUUCCAACUACUCAACCAGCAACUUAUUUACCACCUAAUACUACGCCCAGAAUAGAAACAACCACUCGAUUUGAAUGUAGAUCAGGUUCGAAUGAUCCAAGAUGUCCACCAAACUGUAACGUGAAUCCAAAUGAUCCUCGUUGCCCAAGACCUACAACUCAAAGACCAACAACAACUCGCAGAGUUGAAACCACUACUCAAUUCGUAUGUAGACCAGGUUCAAAUGAUCCUAGAUGUCCACCAGAUUGUUAUCCUGGAAAUAGAGAUCCAAGAUGUCCACAAUCAACAACUCAAAGACCAACAACAACUCGCAGAGUUGAAACAACUACUCAAUUCGUAUGUAGACCAGGUUCAAAUGAUCCUAGAUGUCCACCAGAUUGCUAUCCUGGAAAUCGAGAUCCAAGAUGUCCACAACCAACAACUCAAAGACCAACAACAACUCGCAGAGUUGAAACAACUACUCAAUUCGUAUGCAGACCCGGUUCAAAUGAUCCAAGAUGCCCCAGACCAUUCACGACUACUCAACGACCAGUUACCACAACAUUAUCAUCAUGUUAUCCAGGAUCUCCCGACCCAAGAUGCCCACAACCAUACAGACCAUCGAGCACUCGACUUCCAAGCACAUACCUUCCCCCCUUCCCAGUUGAUGCAUCACAACAAUCCGUUAGACAAUAUCGUCAAAUUGAUCCUUCAGUGAUAGAGGAUAUUAAUGAUUUAAUCCAACCAGGAGCAUCCGAUUUCCAUUCAAUAGAAUCUAGUCUUUCAGAAAAUCAAGAUCAAGCUGAAAAUGAAAAUAAUUUAUAUAUAAGAAGAAAGAGAGCAGUAACAGAAGAGAAAGAAAUAAUUUCCAUCACAUUAAAUUUCAAAGGAUAUCAAUUUGCUUAAAUUGAGAUGAAUUAGUUAUAGGAACACUGCCAUCGUAGUAUUUAAAUAAUUUUUCAAUUUCUCCUUACUCAUUACUAAAAUUUUUUUUCGCAAUAUCAAUCGAUGACUUUUCAUACCAUGUAAAUAAAUGUUAAUUUUGUAAAUUGCUCCUGUAUGAAAUACUCUCGCAUAACAUUCGAUGUGAAAAUGAAAGAAAAAUGUAUUCUAUACUGAAUCAAAUACUCAAAAAAAUAUAAAUUAUUGUUAAAACGAAGAUUUUUGUAUAAAAAACAAUCAAAAAGUUUUUAAAA